UAUAAAUACAGCUGCGCUCUUCCCCUCGCCACCAUUUUGAGAUUUACGAACGGCUGAAUUUGGUCGAGUCAUUUCACGUCGCCAUUGUUUAAAAAAAAAAAAAAAAAAAUGUCCGACCAGCUUUGUAAACUCUUCGUCGGUGGACUGAAUGUGGACACCGACAGCGAAGGCCUGCGCAAGCACUUCGAGCAGUUCGGCACUCUCACCGACUGCGUCGUCGUCGUCAACAAGCAGCUGCAGCGGUCCCGCUGCUUCGGCUUUGUGACCUACUCCUCGCCGGAGGAGGCCGACGCCGCCAUGGGCGCUAGGCCGCACACCGUCGACGGCAACGUGGUCGAGGUGAAGCGCGCCGUGGCGAGGGAGGACGCCAACAAGCCCGAGGCCCUCGCCAAGGUGAAGAAGAUCUUCGUCGGAGGCCUGAAGGACGACAUCGAAGAGGAGCACCUCUCCAACCACUUCUCCCAGUAUGGCGAGAUCGAGAAGGCCGAGGUCAUCUCGGAGAAGGAGACCGGUAAGAAGCGCGGCUUCGGCUUUGUGUACUUCACGGAGCACGACGCGGCCGACAAGGCGGUCGUGGUGAAGUUCCACUCCAUCAACGGACACAAAGUGGAGGUGAAGAAGGCCCUGACCAAGCAGGAGAUGCAGGCGUCCAACAGGAGCGGCAUGGGGAUGGGGGGUCGCUCGGGUAGGGGCAUGAGGGGAAAUCAAAAUGGCUACAACAGCAGGGAGUACGGCGGAAACUACAACUACGGAAAUGGCGGCGGAUGCGGCGGCUACGGUGGCGGGUACGGUGGCGGGUACGGCGGCGGCUACGGCGGCGGCUACGGGGACCAGGGCAGUGGCUACGGCGGCGGAAACGGCUACAACGAUUUCGGUAGCGGCUACGGCCAGCACAACUCCGGCUACGGCCCCAUGAAGGGGGGGCCCUUCGGCGCGCAGCGGAGCGCGGCGCCCUACACCCGCGGAGGCAGCAGCGGCGGCGGCGGCUACCCGAGGGGAGGCUACGGUGGCGGCGGCUACUAGGCGACACCGCGGACAACCGGGAAACAGAAUUGAGACCAUCCCCAUCCCUCGCCACAAAAAAAAAAAACCGACCUCCAGCCAGGAUUCGAACGCCAAAAAACCCCCCCAAAUUCAGUCCCGGGGCGUCUGCCGUGGAACCCACCCAUGGCAGAGAUAAGGACAGAGAGACCCCCCCUCUAAUCAUAAUGAAGACCUCAAACCCCCAAACAGGUGUUCUUACUCGUAUUCCUGUAGGCUAUCCCAGCCAAAAUAGCCGUAGCAGUUUGUUUGUAGGCUACAUCAGGACCCUGUUGAUUACCUGGGGUCGAUUGUGAUAGGAGUCUGAAAUAUCUCUUUAGGAUAUCCACAUCCAGCAAACUAGGCUGCUACGGUAACCUGGGCACGAGGACAUCACCCCGAAAACGACGGGGUGCGUGUCUCCACGCUGGCGGGGGGACCGAGAGUGGUUGUGUCUUCUCCCCCACAGGAUAAUGAUGCCUGUGAUCUUCCGUUAGGAAAAGGAAACGUCUGUUACGUUGGCUGUGCUUUUUAUGACUUCAAAAUAAAUCUAUAUAUUUUUAUACGA